UCAACCUCACCAGACAUCACUCCGGACCACCCUUCACCCGCGACUGAACCCCAACGAACUCGCCAAAGAUGUCUGUCUCAUCCUUCGGUCACCACGGCAAGACGCCCGCUGCUGUCAGCAUGCGCAGCCCAUACAAGGCUUACAGGAGUCCUUUCGGUCCUCAAUACACCAUCCCCAAGAACUACCACGGCCUCACCAUCAAGCAGGCCGCGAAAUACGGUGGCCUCGCCGCCGGUUUCGGCGGUGUAGCCGGUUUCUUCGCCCUCUUCUUCUUCGCCGAGGUCCCCAAGGUGCGCGACGACAUCAUGAAGAAGAUUCCCAUCCUAGACAAGUUCUUCACCCACGAGAUACCGCCUGAGGAUAACCCUUUCUGAGCUCUCUGUUUACAAUGAAGCAUGGACUGUAUAAUAUGGGGACAAUUGGCAUUGCAGACAAGGAAUUAGACCGCUUUUGUCUUUGUUAGCAUGUGGCCGAGCAGUGAUGAUUGUGAGGUUGUGAUGUAGUGAUACAUGAAGUCUGGACAAGGUGAGAUCCUGCCCUAGGUAUGCUCCAUUUUGUCUCGAUUAAUGGCCAGCUCAAACGCCAGACUUCACCAUAAUCUCGUUCAAUCCGCAUAACAGUUUGCCACUCAUAGUUCCAGAU